GAUUUUGUAACUUGACGUUAUCCGAUACUUUCCUUUCUUCGUUGUCCCUCCCUAAAACCCUGUCGAGAAGAAGAACUUGCAGGUCCAAUUGAACCUUCCAUAAACCCCUUAUUGUUACCAGAUUCAUGCUACGAUCUGCAGAAUUUUAGUGGCUCAUUAUAGAAUCGAGAACUAUGAUUUCUGGAUGUGGCUGUAUAACCAACAAAACUCCGCUGUUAUUUCAGACAUCUCUUGCAGGUUCAUUUCCAUCUUCACUAUGGCAUUCAAAACUCAGAUUGAACACCACUAAAAGGGCUCCAUUAUUUCCUUGUGUAAAGUGUGAAAAAACAGACGAUGAGAAAGAGAAACCAUCUUUUGAGAAACUAUCUGUUGAGAGGGCCCCAUAUCAUAGUUACAAAGACUCAAUAUCCGGUCAGGUUGAGCCAGCUUCAGGUGCCCGGGCAAGUAUCCUCGGGCAGGAUUAUUUACCAGAGGGCACAGUCGGUCAAGCCCGGGCAGCCGGUGCCCCUGGGCCCACUGACACAUCAUCUAUAGCUCCAUCUUAUGGUCAAAAUCCAGGAAGCAGAAGGAAAAUGAAAAUGUACAACAAGUACUCCUCAACAACUCCUGCUUCCAAUUCCACUGAAACAAAUACAGUUUUAGAUCAAGAAGAUGAUUUGAGUGAAGAUUUAGAUCUUGAUUUGAAUGAAGGAUUUGAAGAAUCAAAAGACGAGUUUUCUGACUUUGUUGUUUAUCAAAAGGAAUCUGAAAUGGAGAAAUUAAGUGGAUAUGAACUCGACAAAAAGAUUGGAAACCCUCACCCUUUUAUUGAUCCUCAAAAAAGAAAACCGAUUAAGGAGCCUCUUACAAGUGAAGAGUUAUGGUGGAAUUGGAGAAAACCAGAUAAAGAACAAUGGUCCAGGUGGCAGAAGAAACGACCUGACGCUGAAACAGUGUUUCUCAAGGCCAUGGCAGAAACUGGUCAAAUUAAGCUUUUUGGUGAAGAGCCAACUUUGACUGAAACUGCUCUUUACAGAGCUAGAAAGCAUUUAUAUAAAGAAGAAAGGCUGCAGGCUGAACGUGAGAGAUUGCAGAAAGAAGGUCCAUUAGCAUACUAUUCAGAAUGGGUAAAAGCAUGGAAAAAGGACACAUCACGUGAAGCUGUUGAAAAACAUUUUGAAGAAACUGGAGAAGAUGAAAACACACAGCUUAUAGAAAUGUUUUCAUGUCAAACAGCUGCUGAAUAUCGCAUAAUGAUGGGAACUGAUCAUCGGAUUUCAAGAGAUCCAUUGGCUAUGAGGAUGAGAGAGGAUCAAAUUAAGCAAAUAUGGGGUGGAGAUCCGGUUUAUCCAACAGUGAAUUAUAUCCAAGAUCCAGAUCAAGUGAUUGAUUUCAGAGGCCCUGAUUUUCAUGAACCUACACCUAAUAUUUUAGCUUAUUUACAAGAGAAUGGGAAUAUAACAUCAAAGGAGGAAAUUGAUAAAAUAUUGGCCUCAGAGAAGGUUGAAAAAGUAAAGGUAAAAUCACCGGUUUCUGAUGAUGAAGCUAUGGCUAAAGCUGUUGAUAUUGGUGAAAAGGAGGAUAGUGAUGAUGAGGGAAAAUUUGAGGAUGAUGAAAAUAUUACCCGCAAUUGGAGUGUAUUGAAAACUACUCCCGAGCUUCGCAAAUCAAAGCCAAAACCUACAAAAGGGAAAGGUAAGAUGACAUUGGAGGAAGCGAUUGCUGAUUCUGAAAACUUGACUGAUUUCAUGUUGGACUUUGAUCAAGAUAAGGAUAUUGGAACAUAAUUUAUGUGAGAUGUGGUGUGGAUACUUUUGAUAGAUGAGUUGUCUGUGGGACCGGUUGGUGUGGAUACUUUUGAUAUUCCAUUAUUUGAUAAUUGUACAAGAUUCAUUUUUAUAAUGGAAGAUUUUGUUGUUGUAGAUUAGAAUAUCAUCCAUGUAGAAUGCAACAAUUUUAUUCAUAAAAAGCAUGUUAAAUAAGUAGUUUUUGAUAAA